AUGGGUUUAUGCAAAUGUCCGAAGCGCAAAGUCACGAAUCUCUUCUGUUUUGAGCAUCGCGUUAACGUGUGCGAGUUCUGCCUUGUCGAUUCACACUCAAAUUGUGUCGUCCAAUCAUAUCUUCAAUGGCUUCAAGACAGCGACUACGAUCCAAAUUGUGCUCUUUGCGAAACGCCGCUACCAGGAAGGGAUACAAUUCGACUACAAUGUCUACACAUUUUCCAUUGGGGUUGUCUCGACGCAUGGGCUCGAAAUAUGCCCGCAAAUACUGCACCCGCUGGAUACAAAUGCCCAUUUUGCAGAGAGGCACUUUUCCCUUCGACAGAGCAACAAUCACCACUCAUAGAGAAGUUACGCUUGCAACUAAAAGAAGCAAAUUGGGCCCGCGUCGGAAUUGGCUUGCCUAUUCUACCCGAGCUUGACAAGAAUCGGUCAACUCAUCCGGUUCCAUUGAAGCAGCCAAAAGUUGCAAACGGACCAACGCCACCUACGCCAACUCAUCACCCGAUCUACCAAACGCCGCAAAGUGAUAGCGUUCAAUACUCCGGAAAUUACAGAACAAGUACUCCAGCUACAAUUGUAGAUGUUGAUGACGCUUAUGGAGCACGAGGAUCAGCCUCUGCAACCGAUAUUACGGAAAGAAAGAAGUAUGGUGAUUCGUAUGGAGGACGAGAUGAUACAAGACCACUGCUGUCAAGAGAUCGAGACUCGGAUGAUGCAAGCAACAAGUACAAACGUCGGCCAGUAAUGCAAUGGCUUGGAGGGAUUUGGAGAGCUAAAUAUGGCAAUUCGGCCGGAGGUGGUCAACCAAUGAGCCGUGGGAAACGGUUGCUCUUCAUCCUUUUCCUGGUUAUCGUUGCAAUAGUGACAAUCACACAUCUAAUGGGAAAGCUCGGUUUCCAAAGCAAUGACGAUUCGAAUCCGAUGUUCGACCCGAUGGCCAACCCGCAUAUAAGACCGUUUUUUGGGUUAACCAUGCACCGAGUCGCUUCUGGAGGUCUCCUCAAAGCGGCUCGAUCAUGCGGUGGACUCAGGGGUCAAGCCGGACAGGCGAAACCUGACAAAUUUGAGGUGUUUAUCGAUGGGAAAUCGGUGCUUGUCGACCCUGGGAUGACGAUUUUGCAGGCGUGUGCCCUUGUCGGAGUCGAUAUUCCCCGCUUUUGUUAUCACGAUCGACUUUCGGUAGCCGGAAACUGCCGAAUGUGUUUGGUGGAAGUCGAGAAAAGCAUUAAGCCGGUAGCUUCAUGUGCCAUGCCUGUCAUGAAAGGGAUGAAAGUGAAAACGAACUCGGAUUUCACAAAGAAAGCCCGUGAAGGCGUCAUGGAGUUUCUUCUCGUGAAUCACCCGCUCGAUUGCCCUAUUUGCGAUCAGGGAGGUGAAUGCGACUUGCAAGAUCAGUCGUUCGUUUUUGGCUCGGAUCGCAGUCGACAUCAAUGUGGGCAAGAUGGGAAAAGGGCUGUCGAGGAUAAGAACAUCGGUCCUCUUGUGAAAACGGUGAUGACGCGUUGUAUUCAGUGCACACGUUGUGUUCGAUUCGCUAAUGAAGUCUGUGGAGUGCCGGAUUUGGGAACAACAGGCCGUGGAAAUGAAAUGCAAAUUGGAACAUAUGUCGAGAAAAUGUUUGCUUCCGAGCUCUCUGGAAACGUGAUCGAUCUUUGCCCCGUUGGCGCACUCACAAGCAAGCCAUACAGCUUCAAUGCUCGUCCUUGGGAACUCAGAAAAACCGAGUCUGUUGAUGUGAUGGACGGAACUGGACAGAACAUUGUGAUUUCGCACCGAGGUGGCGAGGUGAUGCGCAUCAUCCCGAAAAUGAAUGAUGAAGUUAACGAGGAGUGGAUCUCGGAUCAGGCUCGCUUCUCAUACGAUGGACUCAAACGGCAACGAUUGUUCACACCAAUGGCCAAGGGAUCCAAUGGCGUGCUACAACCUGUCUCUUGGGAGGAAGCGCUGUUCACUGUUGCGCAACGCAUGGCUGAUCUUGAAUCAAUGGUUGCGCUCAAGGAUUUAUUCCAUCGCUUUAACGCCGAAAAUCUGUGCACAGAGGAGGAGUUCCCGUUGACGAGCGGUGGAGUCGAUUUGAGAACUAAUUACACGUUUGCCUCGGGACUUUCUGGUAUCGAGAAAUCGGAUGUGAUCCUUCUUGUUGGGACAAACCCACGAUUCGAAGCUGCUGUCUUGAAUGCUCGCAUUCGCAAACACUAUCUCUAUUCUGAAGUCGAGGUUGGCGUUAUCGGAAACCCGGGAGAUCUCACUUACAACUACACCCAUCUUGGUGACAACGCGAAGGCUUUGGAUGAACUAUUGAAAGGAAAUGGCGAUUUUGCCAAGAAGCUUUUGGCUGCGAAAAAUCCAACAAUCAUCGUCGGUUCACAAAAGUUGAAAGGAGAUGAUGGUGGCAAGUUGCUUACUCGGCUACAAGAACUAACAGCAAAGCUCCAAAGUGGAAAUGCGGAUAAGUCGGCCAAAAUUCUCAACAUUCUUCAAAGAACAGCAAACCAAACCGGUGCACUUGACAUUGGAUAUAAGCCUGGUACAUCGGCUAUUCGCAAGAAGCCCGUCAAAUUCUUAUAUCUACUCGACGCGGAUGAGGGAGCUGUGACAAAGCAGAAUCUCGACCCAGGAGCAUUUGUGGUUUAUCAAGGCCAUCAUGGUGAUCGUGGAGCUGAAAUGGCGGAUGUUGUUUUCCCGGGUGCCGCCUACACAGAAAAGGAGGGAAUCUAUGUGAACACCGAGGGACGAGCGCAACGGGGAUAUCCAGCGGUUUCGCCACCAGGAGAAGCUCGUCAUGAUUGGAAGAUUAUUCGAGCUCUAUCUGAGGUUGCUGGUAAAACUCUUCCAUACGAUGACAUCAAGGCUCUGAGGGUUCGAUUGAUUGAGUUAGCUCCACAUUUGAAUCGAUAUGGAGAUCUUGAGGGCUCUUCAUUUGGACACUUGGCAGCUAAAUUAGCACAGGGUGGAUCGGUCGAUUUGUCAUUGACUCCCGCUCAACGAGAUUUGCCUGACUUCUAUGUAACAAAUAAUGUCACACGAGCUUCGGUCACCAUGUCUGAGGCCCGAAAGGCAGCGCAAGGAUACAACGAGAACCCGUACGCCGAGGAGAAACGACCGGAGUUCUACUUGCACGCU